AUGCAGCACCCACCAUCGCCAGACGGCCCCCUCCCCCACGGGCCCGCGCCCCACGCUGAGCCUCCCUUCCCACACCCCCACCCUCACCCCCCCCCCCACCAACAGUGCGGCGUCAACCCGCACCAGCUGGGUGUCAUCACGCCGUACGAGGGGCAGCGCGCCCACGUCACCAGCACGCUGCUGCGCCAGGGGCCGCUGCGGCAGGACCUGUACCGCGCCAUAGAGGUCUCCAGCGUGGACGCGUUCCAGGGCCGCGAGAAGGACUACAUCGUGGUCUCAUGCGUGCGCUCCAACGAGGCGGGCGGCAUCGGGUUCCUGGGGGACCCCCGCCGCCUCAACGUGGCGCUGACGCGCGCGCGCUACGGGCUAGUGCUGCUUGGCAACCCGCGCGUGCUGGCGCGGUCGCCGCUGUGGGGCGCGCUGCUGGCGCACUUCAAGGAGCAGGAGCUGCUGGUGGAGGGCCCCCUCACCAACCUGAAGCCCAGCCUCGCGCAGCUGCCCCAGCCCAAGCGCCGCUUCGACCGCGCCGCCUUCGGCAUCGACUCGGCGCCCGGCCUCGGCGGCCUCGGCGCCGUCGGCCGCUUCCACCCAACAGAGCGUGUCGGCGACCCGCUGCCUGGCGCCCACGCGCACGCGCCCGGCGGCGGUGGCGGUGGCGGGCACGACGGCGGCGGCGGUGCGGCCGCCAACGGCGCGGGGGCGGCGGCGGCUGCUGGGCUGGGCGUGGGCGACCCCGUGGCGCGGCCGGGGUUCAGCCCUUUCGUGGGCCCGUCAUACGCCAUCCCCUCCCCGGGCGUCAUCGGGGACGGCGGCAAGCAGCGCCGCGGCGGGGGCAGCGGCGGCGGCGCCGGCGGCGGCGGCGCGGGGCUGGCGGUGGGGUCGAGCCAGCUGGCACUGGGGCUGCAGACCCAGCUGGACAUGGGCGGCAGCAUCGGCGGCGCGCAGGGGGCGUCCUUCCUUCUGGGUGGCCUCGGCGGCGGGUUCGGCACGCAGGACUUUGGGGCCGGCGCGACCCAGGCGGACGGCGGCGCGGGCGGCUUCCUGAGCCAGGCGCCGGCCGGCGCCGCGUUUGGCGGGAACCUGGGCGUCGGCGGCGGCCAGGGGCGCCCGCGGUGA